AUACAACAUUAUUAUUAUUUUACUGUCAAAGUCUCUGAGUCAGUUUUCUUCCUGUGGACUGUAGAGGACAGAAAUGUUAGAAUGAACUCAACAGUUUGAUUCAUCUGUGGAUACAAAGUUGUGAUUGACUGAAUAAUACAGAUUAAAGCUACUGUAACCCAAGAAAACAAGUACAGGGUUAAAGAAAGUGACCAGACUGACUGAAGUGCAGAAGAUGAGUGUUUGUGUGGAGGAAGAGGAGGACAGAGCGGAGUCUCCAGUGUCCAGCUGUCUGUCUAUGAAGAGUGAUCUGUCCAUACAUGAUCCUCCAGACUUCAGUAAUGAACCUGGACCCUCAGACACAAAACUGACUGAAGUCCAGAAGAUGAGUGUUUGUGUGGAGGAAGAGGAGGACAGAGCAGAGUCUCCAGUGUCCAGCUGUCUGUCUAUGAAGAGUGAUCGGUCCAAACAUAAUCCUCUGAACUUCAGUAAUGAACCUGGACCCUCAGACACAAAAGAGAAGAAGAGGAGUCAUGUUUCUGUGGAGGAGCAGCUGUCCUGCUGUGUUUUGUGUCAGGACGUCCUGAAGGAUCCAGUCUCUACCAGCUGUGGACACUGGUUCUGCAGACAGUGCAUCACCUCAUACUGGGACCAGUCUGCUUCAUCAGGAGACUCCUCCUGUCCCCAGUGUGGAGAAAGAUCCAGAACAAGAGCUGGACUGCAGACAGCCAGUCAGACCAGCACUGUACAAAUGAGUGGUGGUCUGCAGGAGGUUUUAGAUGAACAUAAGAUCAGUCUGAAGACGAGAUGUAAACAUGUGACUGAAGGAACUGAUGAAACAGGAAGCGGAACCCUCCUCAACAGGAUCUACACUGAGCUCUACAUCACAGAGGGACAGAGUGAAGAGGUUAAUACCCAACAUGAGGUGAGGCAGCUUGAGAUAGCUUCCAAGAUGGAGACCCUCCAUGACACUCCAAUCAAGUGCCACGAGAUCUUUAAAGCCUUACCUGACCAACAGAGACACAUCAGAGUGGUUCUGACGAACGGCGUCGCUGGCGUUGGAAAAACCUUCUCAGUGCAGAAGUUCACUCUGGACUGGGCAGAGGACUUGGAAAACCAAGAUGUCAGUCUGGUGGUUCUGCUUUCGUUCAGAGAGCUGAACCUGAUUAAAGAUGAGCAGUACAGUCUUCUCAGGCUGCUCCAUGUUUUCCAUCCAACAUUACAGAAGGUCACAGCAGAGCAGCUCGCUGUCUGUAAACUUUUGUUCAUCUUUGACGGCCUGGAUGAAAGCAGACUUUCACUGGAUUUCCACAACAAUGAGGUUGUGUCUGACGUCACACAGAAGUCUUCAGUCAACGUGCUGUUGACAAACCUCAUCAAAGGGAAUCUGCUUCCCUCGGCUCUCGUCUGGAUCACUUCCAGACCUGCAGCAGCCAAUCAGAUCCCUCCUGAAUGUGUCGACAGGGUAACAGAAGUACGAGGCUUCACUGACGCCCAGAAGGAGGAGUACUUCAGGAGGAGAGUCAGUGAUGAAGAUCUGUCCAACAGGAUCAUCUCACACAUCAAGACCUCCAAGAGCCUCCACAUCAUGUGUCUAAUCCCAGUCUUCUGCUGGAUCACUGCUACAGUUCUGGACCACAUGUUGACUACAGACCAGAGAGGAGAGCUGCCCAAGACCCUGACUGACAUGUACUCACACUUCCUGCUGGUUCAGACAAAGAGGAAGAAGCAGAAGUAUGAUGAAGGACAUAAGAAGAGUCCACAGGAGCUGAUGGAGGCUGACAGGGAAGUUCUUCUGAAGCUGGGGAGGCUGGCGUUUGAACAGCUGGAGAAAGGAAACAUCAUGUUCUACCAAGAAGACCUGGAGCAGUGUGGUCUUGAUGUCACAGAGGCCUCGGUGUACUCAGGAGUUUGUACAGAAAUCUUCAAAAGAGAGAGUGUGAUCUUCCAGAAAAAAACAGUCUACUGCUUUGUUCAUCUGAGUAUUCAGGAGUUUCUGGCUGCAGUCUAUGUGUUCCACUGUUACACCAACAGGAACACCAAAGUACUGGAGGACUUCCUGGGGGAAGACUACAGCAGGGACUCAAAACCAAAGACUAUUUUCCAGAAGAUUUUGAAGUUUUUUCGAAAUAAUGAUAGCCUUGACCGUCAUGAUGACCUUCAUCAGACAUAUCUGAAUGUCUUCCUGAGAGAUUCCAUGGAGAAAUCCCUCAAAAGUAAAAAUGGCCACCUGGACCUGUUUGUUCGCUUCCUUCAUGGCCUCUCUCUGGAGUCCAACCAGAGACUCUUAGGAGGCUUGCUGGGUCAGACAGACAACAAUCCAGAAAUCAUCCAGAGAGCCAUCAACAAUCUGAAGGAGAUGAACAGUGAUGAUAUCUCUCCUGACAGAAGCAUCAACAUCUUCCACUGUCUGAUGGAGAUGAACGACCACUCAGUCCAUCAGGAGAUCCAAGAGUUCCUGAAGUCAGAGAACAGAUCAGAGAAGGAACUCUCUGAGAUCCACUGCUCAGCUCUGGCCUACAUGCUGCAGAUGUCAGAGGAGGUUCUGGAUGAGUUGGACCUGAAGAAGUACAAUACAUCAGUGAAGGGACGACUGAGACUGAUUCCAGCUGUGAGGAACUGCAGAAAGGCUCUACUUUACUCAUGUAGACUCUCAGAGACUCACUGUGAAGUUGUGGCCUCAGCUCUGAAGUCCAACCCCUCCCAUCUGAGAGAUCUGAACCUGAGUAACAACGAGCUACAGGAUUCAGUAGUGAAGCUGUUGUGUGCUGGACUGGAGAGUAAAAACUGGAGACUGGAGACUCUGAGAUUGAGUUGCUGCAGUUUGUCAGAGGUCAGCUGUGAUUAUCUGGUCUCAGCUCUGAAGUCCAACCCCUCCCAUCUGAGAGAGCUGGACCUGAGUUUCAACAAUCUGCAGGAAUCAGGAGUGAAGCUGCUGUGUGGUUUUCUGGAGAAUCCACACAGUAGACUGGGGACUCUGAGAUUGUUGGGCUGCAGUUUGUCAGAGAUCAGCUGUGAUUAUCUGGUCUCAGCUCUGAAGUCCAACCCCUCCCAUCUGAGAGAGCUGAACCUGAGUUACAACAAGCUGCAGGAUUCAGGAGUGAAGCUGCUGUGUGGUUUUCUGGAGAGUCCACACUGUAGACUGGAGACUCUGGGAUUGAGUGGCUGCAGUUUGUCAGAGAUCAGCUGUGAUUAUCUGGUCUCAGCUCUGAAGUCCAACCCCUCCCAUCUGAGAGAGCUGAACCUGAGUAACAACAAGCUGCAGGAUUCAGGAGUGAAGCUGCUGUGUGGUUUUCUGGAGAGUCCACACUGUAGACUGGAGACUCUGAGAUUGAGGAACUGCAGUUUGUCAGAGAUCAGUUGUGAUUAUCUGGUCUCAGCUCUGAAGUCCAACCCCUCCCAUCUGAGAGAGCUGGACCUGAGUCUCAACUACCUGCAGGAUUCAGAUGUGAAGCUGCUGUCUGAUCUUGUGGAGAGUCCACACUGUAGACUGGAGACUCUGAGAUUGAGGAGCUGUAAUUUGUCAGAGAUCAGCUGUGAUUAUCUGGUCUCAGCUCUGAAGUCCAACCCCUCCCAUCUGAAAGAUCUGGAGCUGAGUAUCAACAAGCUGCAGGAUUCAGGAGUGAAGCUGCUGUGUGAUCUUGUGGAGAGUCCCCAGUGUAGACUGGAGACUCUGAGAUUGAGGGUCUGCAGUUUGACAGAGAUCAGCUGUGAUUAUCUGGUCUCAGCUCUGAAGUCCAACCCCUCCCAUCUGAGAGAACUGGAACUGAGUCUCAACAACCUGCAGGAUUCAGGAGUGAAGCUGCUAUGUGGUUUUCUGGAGAGUCCACACUGUAGACUGGAGACUCUGAGAUUGAAUUACUGCAGUUUGUCAGAGAUCAGCUGUGAUUAUCUGGUCUCAGCUCUGAAGUCCAACCCCUCCCAUCUGAGAAAGCUCAACCUGAGUAACAACAACCUGCAGGAUUCAGGAGUGAAGCUGCUGUGUGGUUUUCUGGAGAGUCCACACUGUAGACUGGAGACUCUGAGUUUGUGGUACUGCAGUUUGUCAGAGAUCAGCUGUGAUUAUCUGGUCUCAGCUCUGAAGUCCAACCCCUCCCAUCUGAGAGAGCUGGACCUGAGUGCCAACAAUCUGCAGGAUUCAGGAGUGAAGCUGCUGUCUAAUCUUGUGAAGAGUCCACACUGUAGACUGGAGACUCUGAGAUUGAGUCGUUGCAGUUUGUCAGAGAUCAGCUGUGAUUAUCUGGUCUCAGCUCUGAAGUCCAACCCCUCCCAUCUGAGAGAGCUGAGGCUGAGUCACAACAAUCUGCAGGAUUCAGGAGUGAAGCUGCUGUGUGGUUUUCUGGAGAGUCCACACUGUAGACUGGAGACUCUGAGAUUGAGCCGUUGCAGUUUGUCAAAGAUCAGCUGUGAUUAUCUGGUCUCAGCUCUGAAGUCCAACCCCUCCCAUCUGAGAGAUCUGAGGCUGAAUCACAACGAACUGCUGGAUUCAGGAGUGAAGCUGCUGUGUGGUUUUCUGGAGAGUCCACACUGUAGACUGGAGACUGUGAGAUUGAGUCAUUGCAGUCUGUCAGAAAUCAGCUGUGAUUAUCUGGUCUCAGCUCUGAAGUCCAACCCCUCCCAUCUGAGAGAGCUGAGGCUGAGUAACAACAACAAUCUGCAGGAUUCAGGAGUGAAGCUGCUGUGUGGUUUUCUGGAGAGUCCACACUGUAGACUGGAGACUCUGAGAUUGAGGGACUGCAGGUUGUCAGAGAUCAGCUGUGAUUAUCUGGUCUCAGCUCUGAAGUCCAACCCCUCCCAUCUGAGAGAGCUGAACCUGAGUAACAACAAUCUGCAGGAUUCAGGAGUGAAGCUGCUGUGUGGUUUUCUGGAGAGUCCACACUGUAGACUGGAGACUCUGAGACUGAGGGGCUGCAGUUUGUCAGAGAUCAGCUGUGAUUAUCUGGUCUCAGCUCUGAAGUCCAACCCCUCCCAUCUGAGAGAGCUGAGGCUGAGUAACAACAAUCUGCAGGAUUCAGGAGUGAAGCUGCUGUGUGGUUUUCUGGAGAGUCCACACUGUAGACUGGAGACUCUGAGAUUUAGGGGCUGCAGGUUGUCAGAGAUCAGCUGUGAUUAUCUGGUCUCAGCUCUGAAGUCCAACCCCUCCCAUCUGAGAGAGCUGAGGCUGAGUAACAACAAUCUGCAGGAUUCAGGAGUGAAGCUGCUGUGUGGUUUUCUGGAGAGUCCACACUGUAGACUGGAGACUCUGAGAUUGUGGGGCUGCAGUUUGUCAGAGAUCAGCUGUGAUUAUCUGGUCUCAGCUCUGAAGUCCAACCCCUCCCAUCUGAGAGAGCUGAACCUGAGUGACAACAAUCUGCAGGAUUCAGGAGUGAAGCUGCUGUGUGGUUUUCUGGAGAGUCCACACUGUAGACUGGAGACUCUGAGAUUGAGUUACUGCAGUUUGUCAGAGAUCAGCUGUGAUUAUCUGGUCUCAGCUCUGAAGUCCAACCCCUCCCAUCUGAGAGAGCUGAACCUGAGUGCCAACAAUCUGCAGGAUUCAGGAGUGAAGCUGCUGUGUGGUUUUCUGGAGAAUCCACACUGUAGACUGGAGACUCUGAGAUUGAGUGACUGCAGUUUGUCAGAGAUCAGCUGUGAUUAUCUGGUCUCAGCUCUGAAGUCCAACCCCUCCCAUCUGAGAGAUUUGAGGUUGAGUUACAACGAGCUGCAGGAUUCAGGAGUGAAGCUGCUGUGUGGUUUUCUGGAGAGUCCACACUGUAGACUGGAGACUCUGAGAUUGAGUGACUGCAGUUUGUCAGAGAUCAGCUGUGAUUAUCUGGUCUCAGCUCUGAAGUCCAACCCCUCCCAUCUGAGAGAGCUGGACCUGAGUAACAACAAUCUGCAGGAUUCAGGAGUGAAGCUGCUGUGUGGUUUUCUGGAGAGUCCACACUGUAGACUGAAGACUCUGAGAUUGAGUGACUGCAGUUUGUCAGAGAUCAGCUGUGAUUAUCUGGUCUCAGCUCUGAAGUCCAACCCCUCCCAUCUGAGAGAGCUGGACCUGAGUUACAACAAGCUGCAGGAUUCAGGAGUGAAGCUGUUGUGUGCUGGACUGGAGAGUAAAAACUGUAGACUGGAGACUCUGAGAUUGAUUGACUGCAGUUUGUCAGAGAUCAGCUGUGAUUAUCUGGUCUCAGCUCUGAAGUCCAACUCCUCCCAUCUGAGAGAGCUGAACCUGAGUAUCAACAAGCUGCAGGAUUCAGGAGUGAAGCUGCUGUGUGGUUUUCUGGAGAGUCCACACUGUAGACUGGAGACUCUGAGAUUGUGGGACUGCAGUUUGUCAGAGAUCAGCUGUGAUUGUCUGGGCUCAGCUCUGAAGUCCAACCGCUCCCAUCUGAGAGAGCUGGACCUGAGUGACAACAAGCUGCAGGAUUCAGGAGUGAAGCUGCUGUCUGAUCUUGUGGAGAGUCCACACUGUAGACUGGAGACUCUGAGAUGGUGGUGAUCUCAGUCAGAGUGUGAGUGGUGAGGAAGGAGGUUGUGUUGGAGGAUCAGCUGUGUCCUGAUGAUCCAGAGAGGUUGAAGCAGCAGCAUCAGCUCUGACUGGGCCAUGUUACUGGGAGGUAGAGUGGAGAGGAGAGCUUCAUCCAGCAGUGACUGACAGAGGAAUCACAACCAGUGGAGAUGACUCUCAGUGCUGCAGUCUGAACUGCUCUGAGAUCAGCUCCACUGUCAGACAUCCAUCAUAUUCUGUAACAGGUUGCAUUAUUUACAGAAAGCAGUGUGUUUACAGUGUGUUUACUGAUGAGCUGAAUGCAACAACACUAAUGAAAGUGUAAGAAUGGGGAUAAACUUUCAUCACUUUCUGUGUUUAAAAUGGUCGUAAUUAAUGUUUAUGUGGACCUGCCCAGGGACUGCAGAUGGAAAUUAAUUAGUAGCUAAAUCUGGUAAAAUGCAUCUCUGCUCCUUGUAUGAGAUUAAUGUGUUUUUGUUUAUGGUCCCUGAUAAAUAAAUAUAAUUAACUAAACUAAUAAUGAGAAAUAAGUUGAGUCCCCAUCUGCAUGAGACUGUCAGUGAAAUGUUUUUUUCUUCUGUAAUGAGCAAAAGAUAUUAAACAACGUUGUUAUGUGUCA